AUGGCAUCUGAGUUAGAAGCAGCCUUGCCUCCUAUUACUGCAGUGGGUCGGCAACCAGUCAAUUAUGGACAUCCACCAUCAGCAAGAUAUGGAAAACUGUCUGAAAAAAUUCGUCGAACUGCACCAGGAGAGUUUCAGUGCUCUGUGUUUUGUGGAGGUAAGAAAUGCAAAUAUGACACUGCCAGCUGGCAUAAGGAAGACAUGGCUAUCAACGGGAUUUAUUCACAUUGGAUUACAAACGACAUUUUGGCCAUGGCGAGACCGAAUACUGAAGCUAUUGAAAAGUACAACAUAAUUCAACAAUUCAAAGACAAAGGAAUUUCUUCAAUUAUUAACCUUCAGAUGCCUGGUGAACAUUCUUCCUGCGGAACUGCUCUUGAUCCAUCGGGUUUUUCCUAUAAUCCACAAUUGUUCAUGGACAAUGACAUUUUCUUCUAUAACUUCAGAUGGAAGGAUUACGGUACUGUUUCAGAAACAAUGGUGCUUGAUAUGGUUAAAGUUAUGGCUUUCGCACUUAGCGAAGGAAAGGUAGCUGUACAUUGUCAUGCGGGACUUGGAAGGACUGGUGUUCUAAUAGCUUGUUAUUUAGUUUACUCAUUAAGGUGCAAGCCAAAUGAUGCCAUUAGAUAUAUAAGAAUCAAAAGGCCCUGUGCUAUUCAAACGAGAAGCCAAAUCGCUUGUGUUCAGCAGUUUGCUCAAUUUAUUUUGCCCCUUUUCGUAGUGUUUACAAAUGUAAUUACCAAAGGUACGCCAUUUACUCUGAAUCACCAUUUGUCGAGGCAGAAACGAAUUUUACAUGGACUAGAAGCCCGCCAGUUGAAAUUCAUACCCAAAAUAUUGUACGUGAUAUGUGAACGUUUAUUGCAUCUAUCGAACUGUAAUAUGCUUUCACCCAUGCUCCAACAAAUAUGCUACGAUAUAGACAGCCCUGUGAGUUUCAGUAAUUAUUUUCUCUCCGCGACGUCAAGUGAUGAUAGUCACUGGCGUCCAUCUUCCAGUCUUACAGUGAUGGACAUGGACUGCUCAUCAGGAGAAGCUUCCAUUGCUUCUCCUGAUGGCAGUCAAGAGCUGAAAAAUUUAGGAGAUUCAUCCAAAAGGCCUGCAGGUCCCCCAAGUCGAGGAGCAGCGUACUAUCUGGACACUUGUGAUUCAAGAUGCGAUCAAAGUUCAGGAGACUAUGCUUCUACACCAGAUUUGCAAAACCGGCUUCCUCCUGAUGGCCGCAGCACAGGAAGUCUCUCAGCAGAAAGACGGAUGUAUCAGGAUGACUAUCUAGAUGAUGACUACAAUGAAUACGGGGAAGAUGACUUUGAAACGAGUGAUGAAAGUAUUGAUUCGAUGCUGAUGGAAGGACAUCCUGGCAUGUACCUAGCAAAUAACACGUGCUAUCAAGAGCUAAAUAAUCACAUGGAGCUGAGCUCCAAUGACGGAUCAAGUACUAAUGAUGGUGAUACGAUAUUGAUGGAGGAUCGAUUAACACCAACAGAUGUAGUGAAAGCAUUAUUAGGAGAUCACCUUCUACAAGGAAACGAUUUUCAAAAUAAGUUAAAACAAUUUCAAAAAGAACUCAAUAAUCGUUCAUCUGCUUGGGAACGCCUGAAAAGAGAAAAAGACAUCAUGUUUCUAACUGGACUUAUGUGGAGCUGGAUAGAACAUUUAAAGGAGCCAAUUUUAUCCAAGCAUGAUUUGACAUAUAUAGUCAUAAGAGCAGAAAAGCCAGUUGAUGCUCUCGUGAGGCUAGACAAGGGAACACGAUAUACUACUGAGUAUUUAAUUCGUUUCAUUGCCCGCCUGGUGCCAAAUUCAAGCAACAUUGUUGAUGAUCUUUUGCGGCGACUCAUUGCUUCCCUCACUCAUCAAUGUCUCGGAAUCAAAGGGACUCUGAGUCCUGUUGGAGCAAAAUGGCCCAAGAUGCGUGAAGGGACAACGAGGCACUUAAUUAUGUUCAUUCAAGGACUUUACGAUGUCGUAACGGGAGUGCAAAGCAAAUCAGGCACCUCUGUCCCUAAAAUUGACAACCAUUCAGCUGGUGCAAGAUCAAGCAGCAAUAUGAACAGCAACAAAUUUAGCAGAGUUGCUGGAAGAGCAUAUUUAGGCUUGAAUCUCAUGGUGAAAGCUAUAGGUAAACCAACAUCCUAUUGACCAUGGUAGGAAGACAAAGUUGUUUUUACCUUGGAAUUUGCAGAUUUGCAAUAUUUCCUUCAAAACUUCCUAUAGAUCUUUUUGUUCUCAUGUCGUGGAAAGAUUUGAUUUUAUUACUCUUUCUCCAUUUCGACAUGAGUGUCAAAUACUUUUAUCAAGAGUUAAGCUUCAUUACGUUGAUAUUUAUAACUGAAUCUUCCGACAAAACAUUCUAUGUUGUCAUUAAAUGUAGAUCGAAAACUUUCGAUUUAUAUUUACGUAAUGAUUAUUUGUAUUUUAUUUUGUACAGUUUUAUGCAAACUUUUACUUAUAUAACUCAUGUUUUAAAGUGCUCAGAAUUUUUUCCUGUUUGUACAACUCACUAAUGAAAAAAGUAUGUUACAUUUUUUAAAGUAUUACUUGAUGUAUAUAUAUAAAAAAAAUUAAUGCUUCCAUAUGUUAACAAUAGAAUUUAUGAAACAUGAAUAAAAAAUAUUUCUUCAAAUAAAUAACAUUUUAAAAUAUUUUUAAAAAAUAGCACUAUUUAUACUCCUAAUUAAUACACUAUUAGCCAUUAAAGUAAAGUAGGAUUCCGUUCUUUUUAUGGACUUCUCAAAUCAUGGUAAGCCCGUACAGUAUCAGCAUUCCUGCAGAACUUAAAUUUUUUUAUUACAGAUUGAUUUUAUGUAUUUUAAGAAAGUUUCUUAAGCAACUCGAAUCAAAGUAAAAAAAAUUUGGUCUUGUACAUAACUAUGUUUUUUCUAGUAUUAAUCCUUCUAAAC